AUGAAGCACACACCAAUGAAGUCGUCCAAGAUGGCCAGCUCUAGUGAAGAAGAUCUGAGCACUCUUGUACAGUUGCGUGGCAUGGCACAAGGUAACAUCACGCGCAUCAAGAACAUCUUGACCCAAACCCAAGCGGACCAGGCUGAGCUGCCUUCCGCUCAAGUGAAAGUGUACGUGAAGAAAGUGGAAAGUGCUUACAACGAGUACCAUCAGCACCACCAGCAGAUAGUGGCGAUUCUUCCUUCGAACAAGAAGGAGGAACAGAACGAGAAGUUCCUGCAAUUCGAGACGUUGCACGAAGAGGUGUCCAUCAUGCUCGAGACCCUUCUCGAGGCUCAAGCCGCACCACCUGCGGCGCAACAAGUGCAACCACCGGCGAACCAGCAACCGUUGGUCAUCCAGCAAUCUCUUCCUCGUGCCAUCCCCACCUUCGACGGGAGGUACGAGAAUUGGGAUCGGUUCAAGAUCAUGUUCCGUGAUGCAGUCGACCGUACCAACGAAGCACCUCGAAUUAAGCUGUAUCACCUUGAGAAGGCCCUCGUCGGUGAUGCGGCGGGAAUCAUAGACGUGAAGACGAUUGCCGAUGGAAACUACGCCCACGCCUGGGAGUUACUGGAGGAAAGGUUCGAGGAUCAGCGGCGAAUGAUCGACAUCCAUAUUGCUGGACUGCUCGGAGUGAAGAAACUUGCGAAGGAGGAUUUCGGUGAGUUGCGAUCCUUGGUCGAGUCUACCACUAGUCACGUGGAAAACUUGAAGUUCCUUGACCAAGAGUUCACUGGCGUCUCUGAGCUCAUUGUCGUCCACCUGAUCGCACGUGCACUGGAUCCUACCACGAAGAAGUUGUGGGAGUCGACGAUAAAGCGAGGAGAAAUCCCAAACUACGAAGACACCAUACAGUUCCUGAAAGACCGCGUCUCAGUUCUGGAGAGAUGCCGCGAUACGGAUGAAGAAGCCAAGGCACAGCGUACAUCGGCGAAACCAGCUACGAGGAAGCAGGCGUUUCCCAAUGCCAACGCAGCAACAGCUCCUCCAUCAGCGGAUCAGCGGUGCACCAUUUGUGAUGAAAGCCAUGUGACGUACAAGUGCUCUGUGUUCAACGGCUUGAGUGUGAGUGAUCGACUGGCCAAAGUCAAACAGAAGAACGUGUGCUACAACUGCUUGAGAAGUGGACAUAGUGUGAAGAACUGCCCAUCGAAGAAGUCGUGCUCCACGUGCAACAAGCGGCACCACACCCUGCUCCAUUUGGAAGGUGGUGCAAUCUCGUCGCAGCCUGCGAAUGAAAAUUCAGCGAAUGGAGUUCCAGGAUCAGCCCAACCAGCGGCGUCGGCUGUCAGACAGCAGUCGGCCGAGAACCAGCCAUCAGUGACAGCAGCGCAUUCCAACAACCCGGUGAACCCAGCGAGCCAGGUGGUGUUGCUCACUGCCCUUGUCAACGUUAUGGACCAUCGACAGCGGCCUCGUGUGUGCAAAGCCCUGCUAGACUGCGGAUCUCAGAUUACUGGUCAGGUUCCGUCGGUUAAGAUAAAUUUGGAGAAUUGGGAACUUCCUCAAGGUCUCAGACUGGCUGAUCCAUCCUUCCAUGAACCUAGCCACGUUGAUUUGCUCAUUGGAAUGGACUGGUUCUAUGACAUUAUGAAACCAGGGUGUUUGAAAAUAGACGAUAAUCUCCCUAGCCUUCACGACUCUAAGCUUGGUUGGUUAGUCGGAGGCAAGUUGCUUGACUGUUCUUCAAAUCUUGUGCUGAAUUCCUGUGCCGUUCGAAUUGACCCCAUUGAAGAACUAGUGCAGAAAUUUUGGGAAGUUGAAGGUGUGUCUUCGGAGGUGGUUCUGUCCAGUGAAGAAGAGCAGUGUGAAUCGCAAUUCGCAUCAACCCAUCGUCGAGACGACAGCGGUCGUUUCAUCGUUCACCUCCCAUUGAAGGACAACGCAUCUCAACUAUCGGUUUCCCGUACCAUGGCCUUGCGACGAUUUUUCAUGCUGGAGUCUAAACUACAACGUCAUCCAGAUUUAAAAGCCCAGUAUGAUGCCUUCAUAGACGAGUACGAAUCUCUUGGGCACUGCCGGGAGGUCCAAGAACGCGACGAUCCUCCUGGAGUUCUGAAGUGGUAUCUUCCCCACCAUGCCGUCCUCCGCCCAUCGAACACAACUACAAAAUGCCGGGUGGUAUUCGACGCAUCUGCAAAGGUGGCCGGAUUGUCCCUCAACGAUGUUUUAAUGACCGGAUACAACGUUCAGAGCGAUUUGUUGUCUAUCAUCCUACGGUUUCGGAGGUAUCGAUACGUUAUAAGCGCCGAUGUAGCCAAAAUGUACCGCCAGGUUGCCGUAGAUCCCGCUUUCACUCCACUACAACGGAUUUUUUGGAGAAGGUCGCCCCAAGACCCACUACGUGUUCUCGAACUAACUACUGUGACGUUCGGAACGGCCUCAGCCCCUUUCUUGGCCACGCGAUCUCUGCUGCAACUUGCACGGGAUGAACGAGAAACCUUUCCGCUCGCUUCCGCCGUUGUCGAGAAAAAUGUCUACAUAGACGAUGCUCUUUUUGGUUCCGACGAUUUCCUACAAGCAUGUGAGCUUCGAGAUCAGCUGAUAGCCUUGCUCCAGUCCGGUGGAAUGCACCUUCACAAGUGGUCAUCCAACACUAGUCAGCUCCUAUCGCCCAUUCCCAGUGAAGAUCGAGACAGCUGCGCAUCUUUCAGCGAAAGUGGCCUCAACGAGGUCAUCAAAACCUUGGGAUUGAUGUGGAAUCCUUCCACAGACGAGUUCUUGUUCCGAUCAUCCCUUUCAGAAAAGGCCAGCAGACCCACCAAGCGUCAAGUCCUGUCCAAGAUUGCCAAGAUUUACGAUCCGCUCGGACUUAUUUCUCCAGUGGUGGUACUGGCAAAAAUAGUCAUGCAGAAAUUGUGGAUCAGCAAGCUGAAUUGGGAUGAUCCGUUAGACGAUACCCUCCUGAACGAGUGGGAGAACUUUCUGAUGUCACUGCCAACUUCGGAGCAAAUUCGCAUUCCACUCCAUGUGUUAUCGAACAAAGCGGUGCGGUACGAAUUGCACGGAUUCGCGGACGCGUCCCAGAAGGCGUAUGGGGCAUGCGUAGUUACAGAGAUCACAUCGAAUACUAGUCACGUUUGGAAAUAUGUUCGCACGGAUCAGAACCCCGCCGAUACUGUAUCUCGAGGACAGUCUGCAAGAGAGUUAGCUAACAACGAACAAUGGUGGAAUGGUCCUCAGAUUUUGUACUUCGUGGAUUACUCAGAAGAGCAGCCACAGUCACUCCAAGAUUGCGAAAUUCCCGAACUCAGGGUUGAGCUAGCUGCACUGUCGGUCAUGAACUACGAGGAAUUCCCUGUGUUGACAAAGUUUGCUUCGUUCCGGAAAUGCCAACGGAUUGUUGCCUACAUGCUACGCUUCAUUUCGAACGCUCGAAAGAGGCAGGCCGACCGAGUGAUGUCCCGGUAUCUCACUAUUCCUGAACUACGGGCGGCAUCAAAUUUGAUCGUUGGAGCCAUUCAGCAUCAGGAGUUUGCCAAGGAGAUCGCGUGUGUACGAGCAGACGAACCCAACCAUCGUCUGAACAAUUUGAAACCAUUUCUCGACGAGGAUUUACUGCGAGUUGGAGGUAGGCUUGGUCAGUCUCAGCUUCCAUUCGGAGUGAAACACCAGCUAAUAUUACCAAGCAACAACCCCAUCGUGCACGGUUUGAUAAACGACGUCCAUCGAGAGAAUCACCAUGCCGGAAACUCCAUGGUACAAUACCUUUUGCGACAACAUUUCUGGUUGAUCAACGCGAGAUCGACAAUUCGAAAGGUGCUGAGAACCUGCGUUACCUGCUUCAGGACGAAUCCUACCACAAUUGAUCAGCAAAUGGGAGACCUACCAUCGUAUCGGAUUAACCCAGCGCCAGUCUUCGAGAGAGUUGGGCUUGACUUUGCCGGACCAAUCUACGUCAAGCAGUCAGUUCGAAAGGCGACUCCGGUAAAGGGUUACAUCUGUGUCUUCAUCUGCAUGGUGACAAAGGCCAUGCAUCUGGAAGCCGUGGAAGAUCUGUCCACAGACUCGUUCCUUGCGGCUUUUCAACGAUUCGUGUCCAGACGAGGAUAUCCGAAGGAAGUCUUCUCCGAUAACGGGACCAAUUUCAUCGGAGCAAGGUCAGCAUUGCAGGAGCUCUAUCGGCUAUUCAAGGAGGAGACCACCCAGAACAAGAUCUUCGAGUAUUGCCAAGCAAAGCAGAUCAUUUGGAAGACCAUCCCCCCAAAUGCGCCACAUUUCGGAGGACUUUGGGAGGCCGGUGUGAAAAGUGUUAAAGCAGUGCUCAAAAGGGUUUACCAAUCCACCUCCCUAACACUCUCCGGACUAUACACCCUGUUGUGCCAGAUUGAAGCAAUCCUCAACUCGAGACCACUUUAUUCCCAAUCUAACGAUUCAACGGAACCUGAAGCGUUGACCCCUGGACAUUUUAUUGCCAACCGUCCACUAUUAGCAAUUCCCGAACCGUCUGUAUUAGGUAUCCCGACCAAUCGUUUGUCCCACUGGCAGCACAUACAACAGCUUCGCGAACACUUCUGGAAACGAUGGUCGAGAGAGUAUCUCACCGAAUUACAAGUGCGAGGCAAAUGGACCAAACAGAAAGUUAACAUCCAACCGGGAAUGGUUGUUCUCCUGAAGGAUGACAAUUUGCCCCCACAGUGCUGGAAUCUGGGCCGGGUAGAAAGGGUACACCCGGGAAUCGAUAACCUGGUAAGAGUGGUAGACGUUCGAACGAAGACUGGUACAUUUAGACGACCUAUACACAAGCUUGCGCCUUUGCCUAUCUUGGACGAUGAUCCAAAUGUCCAAACUUCCACUUUAUGCCGGGGGGAGAAUGUUCAGUUCGACAGCAGCCAAACUGAAGAAGCGUCUAGCAGUGGCGGCGACAGUUUGCACCACGAGAGCUCCGCCCAUCCAACCAACGCCGAACGAACGACGAUGACGAAGCAGAGGUCGAACAGCGAACGGGCCACAAUAAAAUCAACAGCCAAACAGCGACCAGCGUCAGUAUUAUUUCAUCCGUCGUCGAGACUACCACACAGCAGCGAAGCCGAAGCGAAGGGAGCUAUAGCACGUGAAGACCGCAUGAGACAACGAGCAGAGCCGACCGACGCGACGGUGCGCCAAUAG